AUGUCCAUCUUUCUCAUCACAACUCUCCUAUCUACCACCGUCCAAGCACUCACCACAUUCGAUACAAAUUGCACCAUUCCAUCCGACCAAGUCAACUAUGUCUCCUCGCCCAACACGCGCGGCACCCUCACUAUUCUCUGGGCUUGCCUCUUCACCAUCCUGUCCUGCACCUGGACCGUGCAAAAUCUCGACAAGUAUACAACUCAAGCCGUGUGGUUUGUGGUGACGGUUCUGGCGCCGGAAGUGCUUCUUGGAAAGUAUUGGCUUGAUAACAAGAAAGCGGACGAAGAACUCAGCGAUCUUCAAAAGUAUGCUCAGGAGGAUGGAGUGGAAUGGACGAAGACCCAUAGUCUAUUUGCCAAUAUGGGCGGGUUUGCAAUAAGGAUCAACUUGGCACAACGAAGACCCGAGGCGCUUGUUUCACCUGAACCCGAGAACAAAGCUGAAAAUGGAACUAAUUGUGAGGAGGAACACCCAAAUAGCAGACCUGCUUCUGGAAGUGAAGAGAGAAGAUCGCCAGCAAACCAUGCUACCGAUGAAGAAUCAGGAGUUAGCAGCUUACGACAAGAGAAGUAUACUUAUUUUCUCUCUGCUCCAAAAAUAUUGAGUCUUCGAGCUGGAGGGGGACUUUCUCGAAUGCCAGAUAUAACCAAGGAGAAGCUACCUGACAGAUCAAAAGCAGAUGGACUAAUGCGACUCAUCACAGUAGUUCAGAUAAUGUGGAUGUGUAUUCAGGUCAUCACUCGCGCUGUGCGUGGCCUGACGGUGUCCCAGCUGGAGAUUUCUGUUACUGCAUUCGCAUCUUGCGCCGUGGUAAUGUACUGGCUCAGCUGGGACAAACCGAAGGGUGUCAUGGUCCCCAUUACUAUUGUACAAUAUGGGGAUGAAGGCAGAGCUCUUUCGUUGAUCAUGGACAAGGCUGGUGGUUCUGGAUGCAUGAAUUACUUGGCAAGUCGCUACGCACGAUAUUUGGGGAGCACGUCCAUAUAG